UGCGGCUUCGCAUUUAUGUCAGAUACCGGUCUUUCAAACGAACCAUUUUAAACUAUCACAAUUUUAAUAGACAAAUAUAUCCAAUAAGACGAAAAAACACCCUCAGAUUUGAAUCCGGCCUAACGAGAAUUCGUGUUUUUGAGCCACAAUGCGCCCCCUGCAUGAGAACAGCUUCAUGUCUCUACAGCUACAGCAUCAUUCGCCACAGAACUGAAAUCAGGUCAAGUGUUUGUAAACUAUGGCUGACCCUCAUGCCGCUAUGUGACGCACAUAUUCUUCGUUUAUUCUCUUAUAAAUAGGAGUAUAUGAUGGAAUUUGAAAUAACGCGCACAAGACCUUCGCUUUUUGGCGACAUUGCUCAUGGUCUGGGGUUCUGGACCGAUCGUUCGGCGGUGCAUGAGGCCGCAGCUCAGGGCAGAGCUGUGCAGCUCCAAAAACUGAUUGAGAAUGGAGCAUCUGUCAACAUCGUGGCUGUAGACUCAAUUACACCCCUGCACGAGGCCUGUAUUCAGGGCCAGACACAGUGUGUGAAGCUGCUCCUGGAUGCUGGAGCUCAUGUUGAUGCUCGUAACAUUGACGGCAGCACUCCGUUGUGUGAUGCCUGUGCUGCUGGUAGCCUGGAGUGUGUGAAGUUGCUGUUAGAACAUGGAGCAACGGUGAAUCCUCCCCUCUUCACAUUCUCACCCCUGCACGAGGCCUGCAUGGGCGGGAACUCUAAAUGUGUUCAGCUCAUGAUUGAUGAAGGUGCGUUCAUGGAAGCUCAUGACUGUCACUUUGGCACUCCUCUGCAUGUGGCCUGUGCAAGACAACAUCUCGACUGCGUCAAAGUUCUGCUCAAUGCAGGUGCAAAUGUAAAUGCUGCUAAACUUCACGAGACCGCACUGCAUCAUGCUGCCAAAGUGAAAAAUCUGGAACUAAUUGAGCUUUUGGUAGAAUUUGGGGGAAAUGUUUUUGCCAGAGACAACCUCGGAAAAAAGCCCAUUCAGUACACCAGAGCCAGCUCAGCGCCUGCAAUCUGCCUAGAGUUUUAUGAAUCCACACCUCUCAGUCUUCAGCAAUUAUGCAGAAUUGCUUUCAGAAAUGCCCUCGGGAAACGGGCGCUGGGGGUGUUAACUCAACUGGGCCUCCCAAACCGAAUCAUCUGUUUCCUGUCUUAUUUACCAGCUCCUCCCCUGGAGCUCUUCCAGUCCUGACGAUCUGCUCUGCUGCUUCUGUCCAGGUCAUGAAUAAUGGCCACGGCACUGACUGUGUUUAAGAAUAAGGGAGAUUCCUUAUUGUGAAGCGCAGCUACUGUAACAGCUGCCCUCAGUAUUUGUCACGUAUGUUUGAUAUUUUCCCGCUGUUACAGCAGCGAACCAACAGAACACAUGGACAUUUGAUAUGGAGGCAGUUUACUGCCAAAAUUCCUACAAUAAUUUGACUUGGAAAGAAGCACCUUUCACUGUAUUUUCUGUAUCUUACAAUGAGGCAAUUAAUCCAAACCAUAAUACUAGUUGUAAAAUUGACUUUCAUAAUCUGCAUUGUAUGAUUUCAUUUAAGUUAUUAGAUUUGUAAAUGCACUGUGUAUAUAAAAUAGUAUUAUUUUAAUUCAGUUUUAUAUGAAUUAUGCAAAUUGUGUAUAUCAUAGCUAGUUCUCAUUUGAAUGUAUAUAAAAUAUACAUAAAUAUAAAUGAAUGUUGUACAUAGAUUGUUUUAAAAUGUUGUUUUGGUUUUACUUCUGUUGUGUUUACUUCUUAUUGAACAUCAUUGUAACAGAAAUUGUAAUUUCUUAAUUACACAGUAUUACAGUUAUGUUUUACUUGACCUGUGGUGAGAAUUGACCAGACUUACUUCUUACAAGGACACAAUAGAUUUGUUGUAUUUUUUUUUUUUUUCUUUUUUCAGUCACUGCUCUAAAGUCUUAAUUUUGCUGCAGUCUGUGCAUACCGAUAUUAAAGGUUUUAUAAUAUAUUUUGCUGUUUCUCUGCACUUGCUAAAUUCUCUUUACUAGUCAGAUGCAAGUAUCAAUUCACGUUAAGUAAAAAUAUGUUAAAUAGAAGUGCAAAAAUUACAAUUU